GCCUUGCAUUUCAAAGUGUGAAUUCUUUUGUAUUUAUUAUAGAAGAUGUCAUUUUUAGGGAUGCAUAUUAUAGAUAACUGAUAAUUCCCUGCUUCUCAUGGCAGAAACUGCUAAGUUGACUAAUAAUUUAACAUUUUUGUAUUUUAGGUGAGAAUGGUAAGAUGUGGUGAGCAGUGACGGAUGGUUUCAUAUUCCAUAGCUCUAACCAAAUCUAACUGACACCACAAUUUUUAACACAACAUGUUAAAUUCUUCAUGCAGCCACUGAGCUGUUUAACUAAACAUACACACUAGACUAAUGUCAUAAGUCUCUAUGUCUGUGGUAAAACUUAUGUUGCUCAUGUUGGUAUUGGUCAGACUAUGAAUGUGUGUGGUGACAACAUCAUACAGGGCGAGUGGGGAUACCUCUGCAGUGUGUCUGGGGAGAGUGUACCAGGUCCAAAUGCAUAAUUAGCUGGCAAAAUUGGACAAAGGCUGGUCAUCAAGUGCCAUAAAUUUGAGAUUUGUCAUUAAUUGCAUUGGGCUGUCUCUAGUAAACAUUCUGAAGCUUUCAACUGCCUGUCGAAUGGGCACCACUAUACUCCUUUUAUGUUGCCAUCACAACUUUUUAGGUGCUUUUAGAAUCCUGCUUAGAAUCCUAUCUGUACUACCAACUACUCUCGAAGUGUGUAUGCUUCGCUUCUUAAACUGGGUUUUUGGAGUCUGAAAGGAUAUGAGCAUUUACCGGGCAGUAAAAGACACUACUGACUUAUACUAUGGGAAAUGUGGGAUGCAUUGGUUUUGGAGCUGGGGAUUAAAAAUCUUGCCCUCUGGUCCUAGCGUAAUUGCUGGUAGACCUGGAAUGUUUACUGUAAUGGAUUACCCAGCUCAUUUGGCUGUUAUCAGGCCAUUAAAUGACUGUCAUUAGUGGUAGUAAGCAUAAUAGAUAUGGGUUAGUAGGGGCCUGCCACACCUACUAUUAGGAUAAGAAGACUAUUAUCAGGCCAUGAAAUGAAACUCUCUGCAAAGGCCCGUUUCCACUGAAGAAAUUCCUGGUACUAUUUGGGGGGGCAGGAACUACUACAGGAAUGUCCUCUCGCUCGGCCCUCUCAACCGCCAUGUCUCCACUGAGAGAGCGGAGUAUGAGGAAGGUUCCUGUAAAGUUACGGGCUCUGGAUGUGACGUAAUCGUUACACGACCAUUUACCGUGGCGACGUAGGGAUGCCGUUAGCUGUUAGCCCUUAGCGGUGUCUGUAAUAACUCACUAAAUGGCUCGUGAAAAAAAAUGUUUUUCCAGCGGAUGUCUUAGUUACAACAUGAUUGAGCUAUCUGGAGUAGUUUCAUGUCGUAUCCGACAACGGGAGGCUUUUAACAGAUGACGUCCUGAUGUUAGCUUUGCUGCUGCUGUUAGCUGUCCCUGUCAGCGGCAGCCACUGAUGCUUUCUAGACAUCGUGAUUUCCCAAAACUGAAUACAUACCACUGCUUUGCUAGCUCAAUCAUGUUGUAACUAAGAUAUCUGCUGGAAAAAAAUGAAAAAAAAAAAUUUUUCACAGGCCAUUUAGUGAGUUUUUUUUACAUGGCAGCGGAAGCUGUAUGAACGAGCUAACCCUCGUCUGCUGAGUUUUAAAAAUGCCAGCUAUUUUGUUGCUUUCUGUUGACAUCACAUCCCUCCUUGAGUAUAUCCAAUCAGCACCAAGUAAUCCCCAAGCCCCAGCCAGGAGUCUUUCGGGGCCGUUCUGAGUACCUACCCUGAGGCAGGGACUUGUUUAGCCCCCGUAAAAGUUCCGGAACUCUGUCCUUCGGGGGUGGUUCCUGUGGUGGAGACACGCACCAAUGGCCCCGGCCCCGUAAAAUUACCCCGAAGUUCCUGCGGUGGAAACGGGCCUCAAGAUAGGGCUUUCCCAUGAAAGGGCCUGGACUUUCACCCAGGAGUCCGAGGUCAUUCAUUCAUCUAACCGCUUCUUGAGGGUCGCAGGGGGGCUGGAGCCUAUCCCAGCUGACAUCGGACGAGAGGCGGGGUACACCCUGGACAGGUCGCCAGACUAUCACAGGGCUGACACAUAGAGACAAACAACCAUUCACGCUCACAUUCACACCUACAGACAAUUUAGAGUUAUCAAUUAAUAGUCCCCAAUCUGCAUGUCUUUGGACUGUGGGAGGAAGCCGGAGUGCCCGGAGAGAACCCACGCUGACACGGGGAGAACAUGCAAACUCCACACAGAAGGGCUCCCACGCCCGGGAUCGAACCGGCAACCCUCUUGCUGUGAGGCGAGAGUGCUAACCACCACACCACCGUGCCGCCCCCGAGGUCCAACAUUUACACCAAAUUAUGAUCUUCUUCUAAACCUGACCACAUCAUUUUGGGCCCAAACCUAAGGAAAUCGUCCCCUGUACGUAAACUCGGGUUGACGAGGAAAUCACGAGACAGGAGGGAUUUCAAGGAAGACCUAAACCCAGAAGAGAAAGCGCGGAGACACAAGGAGCAGGAGCUGAAGCCUCUGUACAAGGAGCUGUUGUACACCAUCGCUCAUAAGAUGGGUAAACCGUCAUCAACUGAGGUCUUCACAGAUAGCCAGCUCCACCAGUACAUUAUGGAGGCUUUCACUAUGACAGAGUCGGAACACAAAAGCCUGACAGAGAAAGUGCAGAGCACAGAGCCCCCAGUAUACUGCCUCAUGGCCACUGUGAAGGAAGCCAAGGGAAUCCUCGGAAAAGACGUCACUGGUUUCAGUGACCCAUACUGCCUGCUGACCAUAAUGGAGGACGAAGCAGAGAGCCGAACACGCCGGUCCAGAGCCAAACCCUGUAAAUCUAUUGUAAAGGAUGCUGUAUCCGAUGACAAAAUCUACCAGUCAGAAAUAAAGAAGCAGACUCUGAACCCUAUCUGGAACCAAACCUUUGUACUAGAGUUUGGAGACAUCGUCGGUGCCAGCUUCCACCUCGAGAUGUGGGAUAAGGACGAAGAGGUUUCACUCACUCAGAAACUAGAGGAGAUCAAAACCAACUUUAAUAGUUUACGAAGGAUGAUCAAGGAGGCCAAAAAGGAGAAGGGCACAGAUGACUUUUUGGGAAAUGUGGUCCUUAAACUACAGGAUCUCCACUGUACUGAAGACAACUGGUACAAUCUGGAGCCCAGAACAGAGACGUAUCCUGACCGCGGCCAGUGCCACCUGAAUCUCAAGUUCAUCCAUAAAGCGAGAGACGGGACACUGAGUGCUGGUCGUAAUGCUUACAUCAACUACUGUGGGAUUCUGCAGCAGUUUGUUCAGGCUUACAUCUCCAAGCAACAGAGUUCUGCUCCCUGGAAAGGGGCACUGUGUGGCGAGGCUCAGACUCUGCUGGAGCUUUACGCUACUCAGAAUGACCUCUCACCUUUUCUUCAGGACCUGGCGAAGUGGGUGGCCUACAGCAAGCUGUACCAGAGUUUAGAGGUGGACUCGUCUGUGCUGCUCCAACAGCUAACCAGUAUAGAGUACCACUGGCAUCAGCAGGAGCUGCCAUACCAACAGAAACAGGAACUUGGGGACUCUCUGCAUGGUUUCCUGCAGUACGGGCUGUGUCUGGUGGCCAAAUACAGAGACAUCUUCCCCCCAACUCCCAGUGCUACUCCGAAACUACACACACUGCUCAGGAUCUUGGUCCAGAUCUGUAAGACUCAGGCGUUUCAGAAACUGAACCCAGCUCAGUUUGAGUUACAUGAUGAGGUUGGCGAUGCAAUACAGACAGGUACACAGGAGUGGUUUACCAUCAAGAGGGGUUUGCAUCAGCCAAUGACAAAGGAACUGUCAGAGAUCGUGAACGCCCUCUCCAGGUUGAUUGGGGAAGUGCAGGAAGACAUAAAACACAACAAGGAUGCCUGGAAUAGGGUAUUUGUCAGUGCCGUGCAAGUGGAUGUGUUCACUGUCGUCUAUAAGAAGUUUGACUCCCUGCUUGCAAAGGAAGUGAGGGAAACCUUAUCCCUGAUUGAGGGUCAGAUGGAGCAGACUCUAGCCAACAGCCUGUUCCCUGUUUACCUGAGCCUGCAGGCCAUCCACAAAGACAAGGCUUUCUUACAGAAAAGAGGAUUACUUGAGUUGACAAACUUUCAAGAGGGCUUCAGAGAGGCUCUGCCUUACUGGCUGAACCAGGCGUUCAGCACAACUCAGGACAGGGUGGAGAGGGCGGUCCAGGUAGACCAGCUCCAGCCCCUGCAGUCUGGUGCCGUGCCUAUAAAACACAGCUCCUCAGCAGUGGACCUAGUGGCAUGUAUCCAACCUAUCUGCCAGCUGUGGGAGCAGCUGUCCUGGCCCGACCCAGAGGAGGCCUUCAUGCUCAUGGUUAAACUGACUGAGGAUGUGUGUAAGAUUGUGGUGAACUACUGUCACAUCCUGAAGGAGAGAGUCAGGGUGCUGUCUGAGAACUCCGACCACGGCAGUGCCAUCAACAUGUUGUGUGUGGUGGUGAAUGACUUGGAGCACUUACGGUCAGUGCUGACCAAACUACCUACGCAGCUGAACUGGGCGGGGCUUCGAGAACGGACCCAAAAUGUGAUAGGGGAGAGCCAGUUCCAAAACACUCUUCCCUCGCAGCUACAGCAAGCCCAGAGUGUCCUCGGCCGAGAGAUUCGCUCCGCUUUAGACACUCUUGGGAAAAAGUUAAACACAGACAUUGAGACUCACGUCCGAAGCAUGUCAACCAGGCGUAGGAUUCCCUCCAAGUCUACAGAGGAUGCUGUAUCGCCUUUGAUGCGCUACCUGGAGCAAGAGCUGCACUAUAUGAAUGAAAACCUGGUUCAAGAGAACUUCAAUAGUCUUCUGACUCCACUGUGGAAUAACUCAGUGAAGAUACUCUACCAGGGGGCUACUAAGCAUCCACAGCAAGAAGGGCUCAUGGUGUUCUGCCAGAGACUGCUGUAUACACUGCAGUGUCUGGAGGAGUGCUUCCACGCUGGGGGCAAUGGGCUCCCUCUGGGUACACUCCACUCUGAUGAGUACAAAGCUCUCAAAUCCCACCUGACUCACAACUCUCUGAGCAGCUGGCAGCUUGUGGAGAAGUUCCUUGAAAAGAAAAUAAGGGAGCAGAGGGAUUACACUGGAGAGAAAUAUGGCGCAGUCACUCUCCUCACGUCCUACAGGAGAUCAGACGAAAGACUCAGAGUUGAGGUGUUGAAUGCAGUAAACCUCUUACCAAUGGACUCUAACGGUUUAAGCGAUCCCUUUGUGCAGCUGUGUCUGGAGCCUAACCAUGUUUUUCGGGAGGUAGAGCCUCGCUGCACUCAGAUCAAAAGCUGUGAUCUCAACCCCCUUUUUGAUGAGGUCUUUGAAUUUCUGGUAACCCUGGAUCAGUGCCAGGCUCCAGGGGCUUGCCUGGUGGUGACGGUUCUGGACCACGACACCUUGAGGACAGAUGACUUUGAAGGCGAGGCCUUCCUGGCCCUCAAGGACAUACCAGGAGUUGGUAAAGAGGACGCCACCCCCGCUCAGAUGCGACUGCCUCUGAUGCAUCCUAAACCUAAUGAGGACAGCAUUCUGAAGUUACUGGAGUCCAGGAGAGGAGAGCGAGAGGCUCAGGCCUAUGUGAAGAAGCGAAGACAGAGAGAGAAACAGUCCCAGGAGGGGAUUCAACUGUAACAGACACACACAGACAAUUCCAUCCUCCAAAAAUAUACAAUUUGUUUUAAUGAUCUGUACCAAAAACAAAGAAAAAUCCACUCAGAAAGAAACACUGGUGUUGGAUGAGCUGUGUGUGGACAGUAUGCCGAGCAUGGGUUUACCAAAGACCAUCACAGUGAUCAUGAACACUUUCACACCUGCAUUUUAAACCUCAUACAUCUUACAUAUCUGUCUGCUUCCUGAUGCUUUGUCUAAUCAGUGCAAGAGAUAAGUAUGACAUCACUUAACUAUGUGUGUAUAUAUAUAAUAUAUAUAUAUAUUCGACUACAUUUGACACACUGUGAAAUGUCAAAGAUUACUACAAAUGUAAAACUUUUGGCAGAGAAACCUGUCGCACAUUGAUUUUAAACAUAGAAAAUGGGCCGGUUUUAACAAAAAGUUGUUUGUAUGUUCAAGUUAACAUGAAAAGCGUUUAAAUAAAAAUUAAAAAAACAUGUAA